GGCGUCUUUUUCUUCGUUUUAUGUGUCGCACAUCUUGCUGUCGCACGCACAACUUGCUGUCGCCACCUACGAGCGAAGCGAGUGGGUGGAACACCGAGUAGGCCAGGAGAUCCUUGCGGAGCUGGCUGCCGCCGACAUGGACGAUAUACGCGAUGAUCCCGUGGAGGAGGAUAGCGACGCCGAAGAUGACGACAAUUCCGGAGGCGGCUCCUCUAGACCCCCGGUCCUCCCCCCUCUCUCUGAUCCCGACGAUGCUAUGGAGUUCGAGCCCUAUGAAGGAGGGCCUGACGAGUCCAAAGGCUGGGUCGCGCGCCUCCGGCGGGAAGACGCAACAGUAGCGCGCGCACAGUGGUUCGCUCGGCUCGCCUGGCGCCACGCUACGGCACGCGCGCGGGGAAGAAUCCAGGCGUUGUACUACGUCCCCGAUAAUGCGAGUGACGAGACGGGUCUGCUGGAGCGCCCAGAUCCGGUACCGGUGGGAGACACGUGUGCCGUCUGUAUGAUGGACUUGGGCGCGGAAGGCAGCGACGGCGAGGAUGUCCGUCGCCUACCAUGCGGUCAUCUGUUCCAUUAUGAGUGUAUUUUGAGGUGGUUGUAUAAUGGCAAUUGCCCGGUUUGCAGGCAUAGCAAGGAGGUCCACGACAAGGAUGUCCACAGCAAGGAGGUCCACAGCAAGGAUGUCCACGGCAAGGAGGUCAACAGCAAGGAGGUCAACAGCAAGGAGGUCAACAGCAAGGAGGUCAACAGCAAGGAGGUCAACAGCAAGGAGGUCAACAGCAAGGAGGUCAACAGCAAGGAGGCGAACAGCAAGAGGGUGGGCCACCGAUUAGAACAACGAGGAACAGGCCGAAGUCGACUUAUUCGUAUGAUUUGCGGAACACUGGCCAAGGAGGUGGUAUCAAGGGAGGUGGCAGCCCGGCGUGAGGUGGCCAAAAAGUUAGCCCGCUAUCCGUCCUGA